AUGCCAAUCUCGCGUUGCUUGAAGUCCAAACCAUUCGCGUUCUCCCUGAGACAUGCGAGGCAAACGAGCAAGCGAGCGUUCUCCGCUACAGCGUAUGAGGAUAGUGAUGUGGUGAUUGUGGGUGGUGGACCAGCAGGUCUUGCACUAGCCAAUGCUCUUGGUGCAGCCAGGCCAAUUGCGGAGCGACUCAAAGUCACCCUCAUAGAAGCCGGUGACCUAUCAAAAAUUAGAUACUGGAAUCCUUUAUCCAGUGCUUUCUCAAACCGGCCCACAGAUACCGGGGCAUGGUCUCACGUCGAUGAAUCACGGACUAUGCCCAUUGGAGAGAUGCAAGUCUGGGAUGGGCUCUCUGAUGCACGCAUCACAUUCUCAGCAUCUGAUAUAAGUGUAGCUGGUAAAGAUGCUCCUGGAGAGAUGGCCCGCCUUACAGAAAAUCUCAACCUUCAGCGCGCUCUUCUCCAUAGUCUCGCAAAUAGACCGUCCAUCGAACUAGUCGACAAAGUCCGAGUUCAAUCUAUCCAGCAAGACGAGCGAGAGCACGGAGGAAGGUGGCCUCUGGUCUAUCUGUCUGACGGACGGGCUAUACGCGCCAGAUUACUGGUUGGUGCCGAUGGUUUCAAUUCUCCUGUACGCUCAUAUGCAGGCAUCCAAUCCUACGGUUGGGCAUACGACGCGCAGGCUAUUGUAGCUACAUUGAACCACCAUCCUCGGACAAUGCUUGAGCCUCCAAAUACCAUCGCCUACCAGCGUUUCCUACCAACCGGCCCUAUCGCGUUUCUUCCCCUCUCUCCCACCACUUCGUCACUAGUUUGGUCUACGAAACCUCAUUUGGCCAAGACACUUUUGGAAGCAGAUCCCUCUACACUGGCGACCAUGGUCAAUGCUGCCUUCCGUCUCCCUAAUAUCUCAUUGAGAUACAUCUAUGAAAGAUUUCUCGAUAACCAUACGUCAGGCGUUACGCUGACACCCGAAGACUUGUACUCGGAGAUCAGUUUUCGUGAGCGUUCACACGGGGUAAAUCCGCACUCUGCAUACUCUUCAAUGACUAUGCGAGCAGUACUAGGGGGAGUCCCGCCUUCGGAUGCCGGAGCACUCCCACCAUUUGUAACCUCAAUUCAACAAGGGACAGCUGCUUCAUUCCCAUUGCGUUUUAGUCACGCGGAUACAUAUAUCGGCGAAGGUCAAGGUACACGGACUGUAUUGGUUGGAGAUGCGGCACACACUGUCCAUCCACUGGCCGGCCAAGGGCUUAACAUGGGUCUAGGAGAUGUAGAAGCCCUCGUGAAUUGCAUUGAGACAGCAGUCAUUCAUGGUGGAGAUGUAGGCUCACACACAGCACUCUUUCCAUACGCCCGUGCUCGUUAUUUGGAGAACCACAAAGUGAUGUCUGCUGUAGACAAGCUCCACAAGUUGUACUCCUCCACCGCAGAACCCAUCGUAUGGGCACGCUCUGUCGGUGUCGAGGUCCUGAAUGAAUUGGACACUAUCAAGGCGGCAAUUAUGAUGACUGCGGGAAGCACUCGCAACCACCGACAGGAUUCACAAGGUGCUAGCCGAAGUGUGGCAGUGAGUGGUGUCGAAAAUCUUGCGAAAGGCGUGAGCGCCUUAGGUACAAUGGCGGAGGGCUUUGUUGAUGUCGUCGGAGUGGGCGUACAAGGUAUACUAAGACAGUUGUCGAGUUCAAGUAGACGGUAA